AUGGAAAUCGGAAGAAUUCUGACAUCUAGUAUUUUAGAAAUUAUUGUACUGAAUGAUGAGGAUGAUUUUAAACCACCACAAGUACUUCAAAACCAAGCUGACAAAUGGGCUUUCCUGAUGCACCGUUCCGGGAAGAAAAACAUCACUGACAAUCAGUCACCGGAAAAGCGGAAAACAGGAAAUUCAGUAAUCUUGUCAGAUCGAUCUCGUAAACUGCCGGUUGUGGUUGUUUCUGAGCAUGAUAAGGUGACAGAGCAUCAGAAAUUUUCUGGAUCGUCCACUUCAGGACGUUUAACCAUUACAGAGAUUAAGGAAAAAGCGGACCAUCUUUUGAGUACUGUUUUCAAGUACAAAAAGUAUAAAACGAAAAUUCAAAAGCAAGCUAUUUAUACUGUAGCGAAAAAAAAAUGUGAUGUUUUUAUAUCAUUGCCAACUGGUGCCGGAAAGUCGUUGUGUUAUCAGCUACCGGCACUAAUGUAUCAUCCGGGUGUGACGGUUGUAUUUUCACCGUUAAUAGCACUAAUUCAAGAUCAAGUACUUUCUUGUAAAGCCCGUGGAAUCAAAUGUGAUUCAUUGAAUUCAAAAACUGGUGUUGAAGAUCGAAGACGAAUUAUUGAGGAUUUGCGAUCAACAACACCUGAAACACAGUUGUUGUACAUUACCCCGGAAUCUGCGGCUACUCAAAAUAUUCAGAGAAUGAUUGUGAGCUUGUUCAAAAGAGAUCUGCUGAAUUAUUUUGUUGUUGAUGAAGCACAUUGUGUAACACAUUGGGGCCAUGAUUUUCGUCCUGAUUAUUUAAAACUUGCAAACUUGAGACAACUAGCGCCUGAGGUGUGUUGGAUUGCACUGACGGCUACAGCUAACAAAAAUGCGCAGGAAGAUAUCGUGAAGCAGUUGAGGCUAAACAGCGUAAAAAUGUUUAAGGCAUCAACAUUCCGCGACAACUUGUAUUACGAUGUUAUUAUGAAAGAUCUGAUACCUUCUGUGCCUGAGGCAUUGGGUUGUGCUCAGAAAUCCACGCCCAUCGCAAAAUCUGCUCCUGAGCUGAAAUCAGCAAUUGAUAAAUCAGUGCUCAAAUCAGCAGAAAAUGGCCAUUCUUCAAAAUCCAAAGAGACGCACGGCAAAUCGGUUUUUAUGGGCAGUGGUAUUAUAUAUUGCCGUACACGAGAGGAAUGCGAACGAAUGGCUACUCGUCUAACUGAAGAAGGUAUUCCUACAUAUGCUUAUCAUGCUGGCUUGAGUAAUAAGUUGCGUGAUGAUAUCCAGGACAGGUGGAUGAGAAAUGAUAUCCCCGUUAUUGCAGCUACUAUUUCGUUUGGAAUGGGUAUCGAUAAAGCAGACGUCAGAAUAGUUGUUCACUGGACGUGUUCACAGAAUCUCGCAGCCUAUUAUCAGGAGUCGGGUCGUGCUGGACGUGAUGGUAAACGAAGUUAUUGUCGUAUCUAUUACAGCAGAGAUGAUCGACAAUUGCUCAACUUUUUAAUUAACCAAGAUGUUUUGAAAACCAAAGUGCGAGCCAAAAAAAUAGAUAAGAAGAUAAUUGAUGAGCAGGUAAAAGCAAUACAACACGGUUUCGAAAAAAUGGUAGAAUAUUGUGAAAAACCACAAUGCAGACAUAUUUCCUUUGGUCGUUAUUUUGGUGACGAUGACUUACGGCCAUGUGGAAAGAGUUGCGAUUAUUGCAAAAAUCCUAAGGCUUGCGACGAAAUAUUAUCACGUUUUAAUGCGGAAGCUUGGAAAGAUGUCUGUAAUUCACAGUCUCGGAAGCGUCGUUUUGAUGAUGGCGAGGACUAUUUUCUGUAUGAAGGAGGUCGAGCAGCAGUGAAAGAAUGGAAUGUAAGUGAAUCUGGUGAUGAGGCUGCAGUUUCGGAAAAUAAGGAAAAGCAAUAUCGUACAGAAAUUAUACAACAAGAAUUUGCGAAACGAAGAAAGGCCACUACAGCGAGUUCAACAGCUGGUAGUCGGCAAGUUCCUACGAAUCUGUUGAUUAUUGAACCAACAGCAAAAAGAGUCGCCAGUGUGACAGCUAAUCGAAGAGAAACGGUGCGCACAGCAAUUUAUACAGCUUUGAUUGCAAAUUUGUUUGACGAACGACAUAAUGCCGAUAUUGAAAAGGCAUCUUGCCACAUCGAAUAUGAUAUUUAUAAAAAUUCGAAAAAUAGUUUUACCUAUCAACAUAAAGUGUCUCAAAAGAUAGCUGAAAUCAGGAAAUUGACAAAAGAAAACAAGAAAUACGAUAUCCUUCAUAACGAUUCUGGACCAGUGACAUCGAAAAUGCUGGGUUUUCAGACAGCAUCAACCUUGAUUUGCUAG